AUGACUAAGAAAAAGGAAGUUUAUAGAUGUUAUUCACUAGAAAAACCGAUAAAAAUUAACGGAAUUAGAUUCCAAGGAAUAGUUAUUAGUUCUCAUUAUGAACAAAAGCAUACUGAGAUAAAUGAUAAAUUGAUAUUAGAACUGGUUCAACAGUUGGAUAACAAAAUAUUUGAAUUAGAAAUUGUUUUCAAAGAAAAAAGUAUGAAAAAUAAUUUAAGUAAAAAAAAAUCCAAAUUGAUAAGUAAUCCUUUUCUAGAUGAUAAGGACAUAAUUGAAAAAUUAUCUGAUCCAAAUUACGAAGGAAAUCUCGGACUUCCGCUUAAUCCUACUCCUUUACAAGUGGCUAAAUAUAAUAUUUGUCAAAGUAUUCUUCAUUAUAAAUUUGAUAACGAAAUUUCAACCGAAAAACUGGCGAAACAAAUCCGAUUAAGUGUUCCAGAAACUAAGGAACUUCUUUUUUGUCAUAUUCAUAAAUUUACCCUAGACCGCUUAUUUUCUUAUGCUUCUAAUCUAACUAUCCCUUUACAGAUUAAGGAGACUAAGGAAAAAGUUAAACGGAAUAUUCUGCUUAGGAAAACUAGUGAACUAUGGGAAGAAACAAAAGAAAUAACAAAAUUAGUGGCAAAUUCACUAACUCUGCCGACUUACAAAACCGCUUUUUUGCCGAAGGAUUGUGAAAAACUAGCGGAAUUCUUCAAUAAUACUAAUAGUAUAGCCGAUGAUGUUAACGAAAUAAAAUUAUCAGCCAGUGAAGAGAUAUUCAAUCAGAAAAAGCAAGCACUAAUUGGUGAAAUCAAAAGUCUUAAUAGCAAAUGUAAUGUUACAAGCACUUAUUCAGUAGCAACCAAUCAAUUGAGUGAGGUAGAAAAGUUGACACCCAAGCAUCAAAAAGAACUUUUAGAACUAGAAAAACAAAUCCAAGAAUUGCAAAGUGCUUACGAUGAAAACAUUAGAAAAGCCAAUGACCCUAAUACUAGUGCAGAAGACAAAACCAAGUUUUUAUUGUUGGCUGAUGAAGCAGCAAAGAAAGCAAACUCGUUAAAAUCAAAAAUCAAAGCCAAUCCCUUAGCCGACUUAAGCCGUUUCAGUAAUUUAGAUGAUUUAACUAUUCUUAUAAAAGGAAAUGUUCCUAAAAAAUCACCUAGUUCAAACUGGAACGACGAAAGAAAUUCUUUUGAAGUUCAAAUUAAAAAAAUUCUUGAAAUUUUCUUUAAGGAAAAAAUAAUAUCUUCACCUGAAAACAGAAAUAAAUUUAAAAUCAGGUUCUACGGAGAAAAAGAACAAGGCAAACCAGACAUAUCAAUUAUUCUUAUAAAUAACGAAAAAGUCAAAAAAGAAAAUAUCGUUGCUCUGGAAAUAACUCAAGCCGACACUAGCCCUUACCUAAUUAAUAGAGGUUCUUUUCAUGAUUACUUAGAUGAUAAGAUAGAAAAAAGAGAUGAAAAAGAGGCAAAGAAAAAAAUAAAUGUUCUCCAAGACAUCCCUAACGAAGAGGAUAUUGAUGAGAUGGCAUUCUCGUAUUUUUUACUCAAAGAAAUCAAAAAAAUGUCUGAGGAAUUAAAAGUUAGUAAGAAAAAGUUUGAAUUUGAUUAUUUGAUAGUUAAGUUUUCACAGGCUACUCAAAAGACAGAAUCAUGA